AGGGUUUCAGAGUUCCAGACUGUCCUUGCAGCACGGGAGAUAGACCUCAAACAUCUUAAGCGACUGUGUUUUAGUGGUAAGCCUUUUGAAUUAUCUUAGCUUGCAUCAUAUUGAUCUUUACAGUUGUAAAAACUAGGUAAGUAACUUUUUGUGUGGACUGUUGACCCGAAAGAAGUCAUGUCAAAGUUUCACGUGUAAACAUUUAUCAACAGGUAUUCCCGAUGGAUCCGGAAUCCGUUCAUUGUGUUGGAAGGUGUGUUGCUUAAGUUUGUUUUUCCUCUGGCGUUGCAUGAUAAUUAUGUGCAUGGUACCUUACAGCGCUGAAUACCAACGCUAGGAGUAUAUUUAAAAUGAGGCAUUUUUUGUUGUGAGUGCACUCUACUUUAUUGUUUGUGACUCCUUGUGGGACUUUUUCUUGGACCUACUCUUGUAAACAAGGAUUCGAAUUCAUCUCAUCUUCGAUUUAUAUAUGAUGGCGUGACCGUGACAAAGGGCACAGGGGACUGUUUCUCACAUAAAAGUAUAAUGAAGAUAAGGAAAUGAAACAAGGCCCUUUUUGUGGGUAGUGGGGAUAUGUGUGUCCCUAGACAGAAUUUUACAACCCUGAACCUGUUUGUUUCUUUCCUUUUCUAUUUUGUUUUCAUUUUUUAUUUAAUGAUACAGACUUGUACAUUGCCAUACGGGUACCUCCAUCGCACACAGGGUGUUGAUAUUACAUGCAUGCCUGUUUAUAGAAUGGGGUGUCAAUUUCUUGUUGCAAGUAAUGUAUAUUGGCAGAUAAGAACUGGGAAUAGGUAAAUGAUCACGAAAUUUCUUCAGGAUGUACUUGUUACAGUUACAGUUUGAGAUAUUAGGUGAUGUUUUCUUAUAAAAUUUUCAGCAUUAGUUUUUAUAUUGAUAAGACAUGUGUCUGUUGCAUUUUUUCUGGAAGCCUGCUGAAUACAGACAUCUGGAUAAUAUGGACACUAUUGUAUGUCCAGUGCAUGUCCCCAUCAACCGGGUUCCGCUGUAUAUUGAAAGUCAGCUGAGAAAGAGUCUGAAGUCAAACAGUGUUAACAGGGUUGUUCUUUUCUUAUCAAUACCAAUGAACAUUAUUAUUUUUGAAGCUUCUUUUAGGUUAUCUUCCUUCUCAGAGGGAUCUUUGGCCUGAGACUCUCAAGAGACAGAGGUCUGAUCAAUUAGCCUUUCUUUAAUCUUACCAGUAUCAAAAUUGAAUAUAAGAUAUCAAGUCCAUUAAAUCAUCUAUAAAUCAAUCAAUCAACUUGUGUUGUGUGAUUUGUUUUAGUAUUCCUGCUUAUUAAGGACAUUAAAAGAUAAAGAGAAAAUUUGUUUAAAAAAAUGCACAAUAAAGUUUUAAUGAAUUACCAUGUAUCAGUACACCAUCUUGUGAGGCAGCUUGGCCUAGUGGUGAGAGCACCAAGGUUCCAAUUCAGAGACCCUGAGUUCUAGUGCCAUCCUGAUUGCUAGCACAAUUUGUUCCCAUAAGUCCAGGGUUUUAAACUUGUUGGCUAUACAUGUGGAUAGCCAACUGGUUUGCCUCUGGCCAGUUGGGAUUCUAUUUAUUGCAGGUGACAAGAGAAGCCCACAGCCCUAAUCUCCAGGUUGUUAUUACCCAUGCAUCGAAUGUCUAUAGCCAACAUUUGCUUGGACUUCCACUAAGAAUGAAUGGAAUGUACUGAACGCAAUUUGAUAAAGCGUGUUUCAACCUUCUGCCCCUCAUAAUCUGAUCACACGUGUUUUGACCACCUGUUACGAGAAACCUGUGCAAAGCACUCACUGCAUAGGAGCAAAAGCGUUUGAUCUUAGAUCGUUGUCACCCGCACUCCGUAACCUUUGGUAAUUACUAGUUUAUUAUUAUUAUAUCUGCUUCUGUCUUUAUUUGUGGACCAAAAUGUAUUUGUGAAGUUCUGAUCAAUUUUGUGCAAUGCUUUUUCACUCCAGUCAGUACAAGUUUAAUUUCUUUUUCCUAAUUCUUAAAUAUUAAGGACUAGGGGACAGAUUUAGGAAAUUGAGAAUCAAACUAGCUCGUAACAUCUGCAUGAUCAACCUGACAUCAACUUUUUUUUUCACUGAUGAAGAUGGAGAGAUUGAGACAAAAUCUUUGAAUUCAAUAAUUCAAAUAAUAUUGCCCUUGGUCAGGAUAUUUUGUGGAACAUUUCUGCACACUUGUAGAGGGGGAAGUUGCUAUAAAAUGCUAGUUUUGGCCUACUCCCUUGUUUACCACAUUAUUUCAGUGAUUUUUUUUCUUUUUUAUAUCUGUUUGUUUUCAGGUCGACUUACAGGCAGUUUGUUCAGGAAAUAAUCAUCGAACAAUGCAAAGGAACAAAGUCUGGCAAGGAUUCCAAGGAAUUUGAUGUUGAUCAUGUAUGUAAGGAAGCGUUAGUACCUAUGUUAUAACUGAUCAAGUGCACAAACAAACUUCCAGCAUAUAAGAAUAUGGGCAGAAUGUGCAAGUCGAACACUCCUACUUGCUGAUGGCUAGAAAUGAAUAGUAAUGCAUUAGCUAGUCCAUGAUUUGUAAUUUUCAACGUUUGGUUGCUCAUCCUGUGUCCAAGUAACCUGACAUGAUAAAUAAAAAAAAAUUAAGAUAAUGAUUAUUAUUGUUUUCACAGUGAGAAAAUCUUUUUAGAAAUAAAUACUGUGUGUUGUAUCUCAAAUAAUUUAAAAAAACACAUGUCACAUUGCAACAUGUAAGCUUGCUGUUCUGGUGCAAUCAAACUUAAACUGUGUACGUCACAGAACUCAAGGUAAUAAGCCAUAUUUAAUUUUGUUUGAGGUGAAGAUGUUGUAGGUAAAAUCUGUUUUCAGGUAAAAGAAGAGUUUGUUUUGCCUUCUAUUAUGACCAGGAAACAAAGGAAAUUUUGAAUCAAAAUAGGUUGAAUUCUGAUUUAACCUGAGAACAAAUUUUACCUACAACAGAGAUUUGGACACAACUUUAUUACUUCCCCAAAGAGAAUCAGUAUGGUUUUAAACACUGCCAUGUAAGACUCCAGGAAGCGGAUGAAGAAAAAUGUUAACAAGAAGGGCAAACAUUCUGCAUAGAAUUGUAAAGGAAAUUUAUCUUGUCAAAAUUGGGUGAGGUUAUAAAGAAGAAAUGUUUUGCAGUAUGUGCAGGGGUUUUCCUGUCCUAGGCUUGAAACUGCACCUGAUACUGUUGCCAGUGUGAAUAAGACUUCAACCUUGGCAACUUUGGGGAGUUCUAAAAAAUUAAACUAGUUAAGUUAAGAAACAUCUGCCCUUAUUGCUUUGCAACAAAGAAUGUGGUCUGAUCAAGUCAAAACAAUUAUCAAUUACCUUGCAAUGAGCUGUUGAUUCAGGAUGAACGCGCUUGGCGCACUUUAGUCUCCUAUUUUUUGUGGAACAAGAUUUGGAUCUGAAUUUUUGAGUCAACUGUUCAUGAUUUUUUGCCUUUCUCUUUGGCCUCCUCGGUCUGAAUCAUGCUCAUUCAAUGAAAGAUAUUAUUUUUCAGUACAAGUUAGAUGACAAAGUUGUUGUUGACAGAUAAAACUGAUGACAUCACGUGUGGUACUAGGGAUGUGGAUCAGCACAGGCAGUUCAGGGGAGAAUGGGUUAAGAAAGGCUCUAUUAUAAUGAUGUGACGCUUAUACUUUGUUAACCCUGUAAAUACCAUCAAAUCCUGUGGUUUCAUUAAAUUAGUUCCUGUGCUCAAGAGUGGAUAUUAUUUUGAUAUUUGACAGGCCGUUAAAAUAAUAUGCAUGUAUUAUGUUGUUUGUUUGUAGCCGUUGAAUCCUAACCCAGACAGUAAUUGGCUAGCUUUCUUUAAAGACAAUGAAGUGUUGCUGCAGAUUGACAAGGAUUGCAGGUAAUACUCCUCCUCACCUUCCAUCGUGUUGAAACAUUGCUAUUGUAAUUUUUAAAAAAUGUUUUGAACUCUCCAGGAGUUAUAUCAUAAGCAAGGCAAGUUCUCUUAGGCCCUGUCCACACAUGUACAGAUAUUUUAGAAAAUGGAGAUUUUUCCUUUGUUUUCAAAAAAAUAUGUUUCUGUUGUAGUUAAUUUUUUAUCUCACUGAUCACUUCACAACCCUAGAUCUACCUAAAUUAAUUAAUUAAAAUGGUUCAAAUGAGAAGAGAAAGUAAUGUUUAUAAGACUAUUUGUAGCUGCAAAAAGCUGGUCAGUGUCAUUUUUUCAAAAUUGCAUUAGAGAUAAUCAAAAUUUUGUCUGUCUGUUUGCAACCAUUAGGCCUUUUGUAAUAGCUAUUAAGUAUAUAUACAUGUAAACAGUUUAUAAGCAAGGAAAGAGUUACUUAUAUAAUAAUCCUACCAUAAUGAUAUUUCUGUAAAUAAGUUUUCUAUCCUCACAUUUGAAACCUCAUUAAUUUUACUCUAAAUACCUGCAGCAAUUUGUUUUGAGAAAAUAAUUUUAUUAGGAACUGAAAGAGCAUAUAGAAAUUGGCCAAGGUGGAAACUGGAGGUAAAAUGUCUGGAAUUGACGUAACAGAGAGGAAACUGUUCUCUUUAAAAAAAUGGUUCAAAUGAGAAGAGAAAGUGGUGUUUCCUUGAAGUUGCCUUCAGGUGUUCUUUUAUUCUGUUUCAUAAUCCCCACCCUUCCCCCCCCCCCCUUACUCUACCCAAAAUGAGUGCCUGAUUGAAGGUAAGCUAUCCUCACAAUAUCCUUAUUAUUUAAAAAUGGGAGCAUGGGGGAGGAGGGGUGAUUAUUUGAGUAGAUUGAUUACUUUGUUAUGGCCAUUGGGGUAGGUGCUUUUUUGAUAUUACAGUGGAACUUUGCCUUAUAUCCACCCCACUUAUUAGUUAUACGACCACCUUGUCAUUAAGACUACAUUCUUUACACCGGCCCCGUUGAUAUGACCAACUUGUUAUUACAACCAGGACUUUGUGGCCCAACAUUGAUCAUAUUAAUGGGUUCUACUGUACUGUAGUUUUUUUCUUUAUUUUUGUUUUAAAAGGAGGCUUUGUCCUGAUAUUUCAUUUUUCCAAAUUGCUACAAAAUACCCAAACAAGGAAGUUAUAGCUGGUAAGUGAUGGAAGGUGAGGGAUACUGGAUCCAUAACCAGCAAGUUAAUCAAUUCUCUUUAAAUUUGCUUUUCUCAGUCAUGUUCUGUGAAUGAGAAACACCCCCUUAUUGUCUUUAAAGUUAGAUAACCCUUCUAAUAAUAAAUUGUUUAAAAUAGACAUACAAGUCACCUCUGUACCAUCCUUUUUUGCUGGGAAAAAGGCUAAUUUAACCUAUUUUCACUGCCUACAAGUCAUUAUAAUCAGGCAUGAACUGAAGAGAGCAGCGGCUAAGGACUAGUAGGGAAGGGAAGAGCCAUACAACCUACAUGUACUCUGCCGAAUUUAAAAAUAACUUUACCACAGUUGUUGGAAAAAAAAAAUAACGCAUAUAAAGUAGCAUGUGGGCAAUCAGGAUCAAAGUCCCUAAUCUUAUUCUUGUAAAAUUCUCUGCAACAUUUUUUGAAACAUGACAGGCUUAGGUCUUCAGUCCUAACCUUCUUGGGUGAAUUAUUCCAUGGGUGAAAUAAAGAAUUCCAUUUAAAAGUGUUCUCUUAUUAAAGCAGUUUGGUUGUCUUAGUGUAUUUCUUGAAAAGAACCUUAGUCUACUCAUUUUCAUGUUUCAUGUACAAUAAUCUUUGUCUGAGAACAUUUGAUUGCAGGUUUGGUUAAAAAUAAGCUGUUUUUUUUGUGGCGUGUGUGAUGAUGACCAAGAAUGUUGUUAAUAUUCUUCAGGAAAUGACAGAGAGUUUGAAACUUUAAGAGAGCGAGUGUUAAGAACCCACCUGGAGGCAUCUCAGGUCAACACCAACAGAAGUGGAUUAAAAAAUGUGAGGAAAAGGGACUGUUGAAUUUAUUUUGUUUGCUUACAGCUAGGGUUGUAGGAGUGAAUAUUAUCAUCUGUGAAGGAGCCCUGUCGGGGCAAUGUGAAGAUAUUUAUUACAAAAAGGGCUCGCCUGCUGAAGUUUACUAGCCCAGUGCAGUUUUGUAGGUCUAGGAAUCCCCUUUUUGCUAAGUUACUGUAUUUAUUCGGCUAUAAGCUGAGCGAUUUUACACAAAUUAAUGCUAAAGUUCAGUGAAAUGUGAGUCCAGUAGGGGUCUCAGCUUAUAGCUGGGUGUUUUGGAUUAAUCUUUCAUUCUUGGUUUUGCUGAUUCUUCGAGUUCAAAGUUAAGGGUCUUAGCUUAUGGCCGAAUAAAUACGGUACUUUAUCUUGACGAAUGUUGGUUACCCAUUGGGCAACUCAUUAUUAAAACAUGUGGCCCAACAGGUUCCUUCACUGACCCAUAUUGAUGAAAAGCGAGUGCUUGCUCAAAGUUGUAUGUUUUACUUUCUAUAAAACUAUAUUUUGUUUUUACCUCAUUGUUUUUUAAAGCUUUUUGAGUUUACAAAAACAUUGAAAGAUGGUGUAGAAACUGUUUACAAUCCACUUUGAGAAGGCAGCGUGAUCGAGCAGUUAGAGCGUGGACUUGCAUUCCAGAGUACCCGAGUUCAAGUCCUGCCCUGACUGCCAUCUGGAUUUGUUCUCUGUAGUCCCAAGUUUAUCUCCUCAGUCAUGCUUUAAAUAGCCAACUGGUUUGCCUCCAGCCAGUUGGGAUUCGUAACCUUGUUUUUUUCCAUUUAAAUUUUUUCAUUUCAUUAUCUCUGAAAAGCCCCAUAAGGGGAGAGGAUAAUUAAGGAUUUAUUAUUAUUAUUAUUAUUAUUGAGACCAAGAACUUCUUAUUCAGCAAAAAGAUAUUUUUGGAAGGAGAGACUUUGCAAAGAAUGAUUUGCGCUGAUUUGUUAUGGCACAUGCACCUGGCAACAGUCUCAUUAUUCCACUGCUAUCUGUGAGCCAAAUAAAAAGUUGUUAUCUUUGAUUAUGUUAUAAAAGAAAUGGUAAAUUUUGCAGCUGGGCAACCAUGUAGUUUUGGCUGCACUUAGGAGGUUUUUGUUAAGAACUCAUGCAAGAAGCUAAAGUUUGCUCUUUACAAUAGCCUGCAUAGCAGGUAUCAGUUAGUUGUUUGGUUAUGUAGUUUUUUCGCUCAUGUGCGCACAUGUGUCCUCAAAAUUUUUGCCUUUGCCGGCACCUACUGUACAGGUCAUCUCAGCUAUGCCUCCACCAACUCUUUUGCUUCUUUCAUGUAUAGCAACCUCCCACAUACAUCGAUUGCAAAAUUCGCUGGUUCUGUGCUACAUGUUUACCGAUGAAACAUUGCACUUAGACUAUGAAACACUUUUGGGAAGUAACAACAUACAUAUAACCCUCUACCUUAGUUUUUAUUAAGAGAGGAGAAUUGUCUUAACUUUACUUUUUGUUCUGUCAGUUGUCUGCUCCUAGGAAGAUUGCCUCUGAGGAGUACCGUGUACUUGGAGAUGACGAAGAAGCUCAUUGGGAGGUCACAGAAAAUUUUUUUCUUUGUUUUGUUUUUUCUUUGUGGGCAUAUUUAGUCCAUUUUAUAAUAACCACUUAUUUUUCACCAAGUGAGAAGGCCUUUUGCUUCAGUUAGCUAAGUAUGAGUUUGACCUGCCUUUACUUAUUUGUAUGAGACUGUGUUCUUGCUGGUUUUUCUACAAUUGUUUUGCAAGGAUUAAAUCUCAGAAAAGGGUGUCCUUUGAUCACAGAAAGGUUUGCCAGUCCAAACUCAUUAUCUGUUAAAAAUGAGAAAAAUGGUAAAUAUUGCUGAAAAACAAGUAGCACUAUGGUAAGACCUUUCUCUUAUUUGGAAUUAAUGGUCAUAUCAUGGAAUUUUAGCACCAGACGCAGUGAUAAGAACAGACGCAGUUACCUGUCCCAAUCCAAAUUAUCUUACAUGUAUUGCUUAUUUUUUUCAUUUCAACCGGCUAAUUGGUCCUUGGUUACAUAGAGCUCUGUGUUUAAUUCUGUAAUUAGAGACUGAAAUGAAACACUCCUUUUUAUAACUUUCAGGUUGUCGAGAGAAUAUUGUACAUUUACGCUAAACUUAAUCCUGGUUUGGGUUAUGUUCAGGUGAGAGAUUUCUCCUCUUAGUAAAUUUGUCUUGAUGUUACAUAUAGCUGUACUUACAGUUUCAAAAUAAAAGCGGCAACAAAUAAGAUUAUUGGAUUCCGGUCUUGAUCAGGAGUUAUUCGUCACCCCUUUUUGUAGACGAGAAUGUUUAAAUUACAUUUGUAACAUAUAUCCGUUUUUGGUUGAAAACGGAGAUUAUUUUUCCGAUUUGGCUUACCGAGUACACGUACUCGGUAAAAACAGUCACCGAAAUUGCAUCUUUUCAAAAACGCUCUCCAAAGUGGAGAUUUUUCAAAACGCUGGCUUUUCGUCUACGUGUAGACGGACGAAAACGGAACUUUUCGAAUACGAGAUGCCGUACAAUACAUGAUUUACUACUAGCAUUACGCAUGCUCUGUGAGGGAUGCUAUCUCAACUCAUUUCCAUUGUAAAGCGUUUUCGUAUGGACGGGCGAAAACGAUUCGAAUACGCUACACGUGGACGCAUACAUAUUUGAAAACAGAGGAAAAACAUCUCCGUUUUUAAAAAUAUUUGGAUACAUGUGGCAUGUGGACCAAUUUGAGAGGCUUUUUGGUUGCUGUACAUUCCUCUUAUCGAUCGAAAUGACUGCUUGGAUUUAUGAAGUGUAACUUUGCUUUUUGAUGUCUUGCAAAUAGUCCGGACUAAUAGUAGCUACAUCUAUGGUUUGUUCCAUAUUUGAUGAAAAAGGCAGCUAAAGUUUGUGUUAUCUGUGUUUCUUUUUUUUUUUAGGGAAUGAAUGAAAUAAUUGGUCCACUUUACUAUGUGUUUUGUUCUGAUCCAAAUCCUGAAUGGCAAGGUCAGUAGUUUGAAUUAUCGUGGUAAAAACUACAAUCAUUUACAAUAACUAUGCUUUUUAAACCCCUCCAAUUUCUUUUCAUUUUCACAGAAAAUGUUGAAGCGGAUGCUUUCUUCUGUUUUACAAAUUUGAUGUCUGAAAUACGAGAUAACUUUAUCAAGACCCUUGAUGACUCGGCUUGUGGAAUAGGUAUGAUUACAACGGCGAUUUAAAGACAGUUACUCUAGGGUUACCGUAUGGUCGGUCAUGAUACUUAAGCCGUUACAGGCCCAGUAUAUCAGUCACACAAAGUAGCAUCUGGCACAAGCAUCUCUACAAAAAGAGACCAGGUUUCCACAGGUUUUGGUCUGCACUGUGUGGUUUUCGGCAGUUAAAUGUUCUAUACUAUUAGGCUACAUUAACCCUGUUAGAGAGAAACAACUGGCACCACUGAUCUGGUCCCAUAGAUGUCUAGUUUACAGAGACUUCACUUUCAAUUCAUUUGCUCAUGAGACCUUUUCACUUUAAUUGGUUGGGCACAUGACUUCAAAGCGGUAGAUUUUAACCUGAAGAUACUCUUUGUCAACUGUGUUUUAGGAAAUAUGAUGAAAAGUGUCAGGAACUUGUUAAGAGAGAGAGAUCUCAUGUUAUUCACAUACCUGGUAAGUUCAAUUGUUUAGGUUAUUAAUAUUAUGUAGCUGAAAGAAGUGAAAAUUUUAGUAUUGGCGGCAAGGUUGAAGUAAUCGUGAAUUGUUUCUUAAGCCCCUCCCCCCCUCCGCCUCUACGACGAACUUACUUUUUGAGUCCCUUGUCAUUUUCGGUUACUUAAAUUAGACUAAAUCAUAUUAAGGACAUUUUUCUAAGGAUGUCUUUUUUCUUUCGUUGGUUUGUUAUAUUUUCGCAAUCUCUCUUUCUGAAAAUAUCGACUGCGUGGCUUCUGAAAAAACAUUUCAAAAACAUUUCUUUCAUUGUAGGAAGAACAAGAGAUGAGUCCUCAGUUUUAUAGUUUUAGGUGGCUGACGCUGCUUUUAUCUCAGGAGUUUGCUCUUCCAGGUGUGUAAUUCACUGUCCUUUACAUACAGCGUUCUGAAUCCUGUGCGUAUUGUUAUUCGUCAUUAGGGGCUUACUGUAAGCAACUACCAUCAGCGCCGACCGUAGGGAAAGCAUCACUUAAAAAGUAAAUUUGCCAUGUUUCAAACUUCACCGCUAAUAUUCCAUAUCGUUGAACUUUUUAAAUGUAGGGGAAUUUAUCUGGAGUUGAAUUGUUAAGGACUGUAUUAGCGUUCAGUUAAAGAAAGCUAAAAACGUGGAAAAUGUUUACGUUCUCCGUUAAAAAAUGAAAUUGGGAAAUUUCUUGUCGAGUCUUGCACGUAAGAGAACUGUUGCUGCGCUUGCAAAGUUGUAGUUUUGCCGCUUUUUAAACCUAUGGCUUUUUUUGUGUUCUCGUUGCUAUUGCUGUCGUUAAGACAUUUUUUCCUCUGUUUUAUGUCUGACCAUUAUUUUUUCAUUUCAGACGUUAUCAGAGUAUGGGAUUCUCUGUUUGCCGACGAGAAACGUUUCGAGUUUCUCAUUUAUGUCUGCUGUGCUAUGCAUAUGUGAGUCUGAUAAAAUUACUGUGAAGUGAGGACUUUUCGUAAGUCUUGCGUAUUGUUAUGGUUUAGUUCAAAAUUAAUCAAUCCGGGUCAUGCAACCUGCUCCAAUCCAACGAGUUCUCAGAAAAAAAGAUGUCUGAAGACAGCAAAAGAUGUGUAGAUAAAUCAGUAUGCCACUUUGUGAUAAUUGUAGAUCCUUCUUUCUGCUAACAAGUCAUUAAAUAUCCGUUUAUUCAUAUUUUAGAGUUAUAAGGGAACAACUUCUUGCUGCAGAUUUUGCUACAACAAUGAAGCUUCUUCAGGUACUAUAGAUAAUAUCUGUUUCAUUGCAAAGCUGUGUAUUUUUAUGCUGUCCACAUUUUAUAGACGACAGUUUACAGUGGGUUAUCCCGCCUUUAUUCUUCGUUGACAGUCUUGUCUGUGAUAACCCCCGCAUCUUGCUACAAUCUUGUUCGUCCUGUUUUUGUUUGUUUGUUUGUGUUGUUUUUGGUCCUUAGAUAGUUACACUUAAAUAUUUUUAGCGCUCUGUAUUUUACGGCCGGCAAUAAUAGACCCUUUCACUAGGUUUUUCUCGACUUUUGACUGGGACCAAUUAGCGAUAAACGGCGGUAUUGUAACUUGUUAACGAUUGGCGAAGUAUGCGACAUUUCAACAACCUACUCCCCUCCCCGUUUGAUUUUCAGGUACAAAAAAACGGUGAAAUGAUGGUUGAUGUCGCCUUUGGUUUCUUUCCUUUUCAGAAUUAUCCAGAUAUUGAUAUCCACACAAUUCUCUCGAAAGCAAUGGAUCUCAAACGACCCAAAGCAGUGUUUCCCAAUUCCCCUCGGACACGACAAAGACAGAAGGCUGGGUUCAAUUUCAAGAAGAGAUGA